UGAGGAUACAAACUAUUCAGUAUAUUUUUAGGAAAAUUACAUGAUUUUAGGUUAGGUUAGAUUUUUUGUGUAGGAAAAUAGUGUGAAACUAGUCUAUUUUCAAGAAUGUAAUGCUCAGAUCUCAACCGAAAGAUAGAAGAUGAAUAUCGAUGAAUAUGACUAUGAUCUCUAUAUUGACAAAUAUUAUAAUCCAGAUGCGAUUAAUUAUGAUGAAGAAACAUUUUUUGAUGUACUGGUAAACUGUGCACUACUUUCAAUUCAAAGCAUUCUCCCAAUAUUAUCAAGACUGAUAUGCACCAAUCUAUGUUUUGGAGUUCUGACAUCUGUUUUUUCAGAUAAACUGCCUCAACAGCUGUUCCAUAGUUUAUCAGGAAUAUGUGGUAUCUAUCUGGUACUAACACUAUCUUCAGCUCAAGGGAAAGUAAUGAUACUGCUAUUAUUUGGGUUGUCGUAUAUUUGCAUCAAAUUUACUGUGAUUAUUCAAAGGUUCAUACGACCAAUGCUAUAUCCAUAUUUGAGUAGCUCAAAUCUUGUGAAAUGUGCACUUAUUGCUUUCUCAAUAUUAUGUCAGCAUAAAUUCUUAGACCAAGAAACAUGGAUGGAAAUAAGGGGGAUUGUUAUGAUUUUUUCUAUGAAGAUGAUAUCACUAGUGGAUGACAUUGAGAGGGAAUCAAUCAUAUUACCUUCUUUUACAAACUUUUUUGGAUAUAUAUUUUCCAGUGCCAAUAUACUCUUUGGUCCAUGGAUAUCGUUUCAGGACUAUAUGCAUUUAUAUCGACAGCCAACAAAAAAAAAUAUCUUAUGGGUACUUAGUACCAUCAAGCAAGUAUUCAUAUCACUAUUAUUUCUUAUUAUCUCAAACUGCUUUGCCACAUACCUGAUUUCUGAUGAAUCCAAUCUACUGCUAGUAUCAUACAGGGAAGCUUUAUCAUUCCGAAAUAGCCAUUACUUUAUUUCUUUCCUAUCUGAAGCAUCUAUGCUAGCUGCUGGAUUCAAAAAUUCGAAAAUUUGGAAAAAUGACCAUGAAUGGAGGUACAUUGUUACUGACCCGAUCAAAAUCGAGUUCCCAACUGCAUUAGCAAUCGUUGUUACUUAUUGGAACAAACCUAUGCACGAUUUCCUCAAAAAAUGUAAGUAUGACAAUGUCUAUUAACCAAAUUUCAAAAUUUACGAUUGACACAAUUGCUUUAUUUGGUUGCUAUUAAAAAUGGCGUCAUCGGUUCAUUAUGUUUAUAUAUAUAUAUCCAACUUUCUAGAGGGCGCCACUAACAGCACUAUUUUGAUAAAUAACUUAUGAUAACUUGUUUGUGCUACCCUGUAUACAACAACUGACUAAGAAAUCUUAUUUUCUCGAAUUUCAAAAAAGGUUUAGUUGUUAGAAGCUAAUAGUUUUCGAGGUAUUUGUUUUUAAGUUGAUACUGAUACAUGAAGCAUAUUUAUACAAAAUUCAUUUAUCCAGAACUUCGCGGGAAGUACAGAGUCCACCAUUUUUUCCUUUUUUUGCUCGUAGCACCGCCGUCACUGGACUGAUUUCCAAUCCUACAAUUUUUUUGUCUUCCGGAUGCAUGCUUCAUAGUUUACCAGAGAAACCAUAUUUCAAAGUUUCUUUAAAAUUCGAGCGGUUCUUUUAGAGUUCUAGUGAUGUAUAAGUCAUUCAACAUCAAAUUUGAAAAAAAUGAUAUUUCAUUUUCGAAAUUCCUCGCGAUUGCAAUACUUCCUUGUUUAAUAAAAGACGCUAAUUUUUUGCUUUUUUACAACAGAUGUCUACAGGGCUUGGUUACCCCUAGGCCGAUUUCCCGCCAUAUUGCUGACUUUCGCCAUAUCAUCAUUCUUGCACGGAUUUGAACCGAAGGUUUCAGUCGUGUUACUCAGUCUAGGUGUAUUCUCUUACUUACAGUAUGCUUUAAGAGAUUUCGUUUCUAAAGCAUUCAACGUGUGCGUGAGAGUAUAUCCCUGUACCAGAGUAUGUUGUCACAGAUAUAAAAGAAACGAUAUACGCUCUAGGACUUUACAGAUAUUAUUUUCUAUAACAACUGUGCUACACCUUAUAUUUUUGGGAGUGCUUAUGGAUUCCUCUACAGAUGAAAUCGGAAUAUUCGAGAAAUGGCGCAACUUAUAUUUUUACAGUAUUUGGAUCAUGUUUGUUGAUCUGUUGAUAGCCUUUUUGUGAUAAAUCGAAGUGAUAUCGUUAAUAUCGGAAAAUCGAUAAAUCAUCCGUUCUACGGGGUGUAAACGUUAUGAUUAUGAUCAGAAACAACUAUGCUUCAAAUAAAAUGAAACAGCCGGAAAGUAUAUUUUUAUACUUUCUGGCUAUCUACUGUAUCUAACCCCAUAUAAAUGUGAAAAUAGACAGAUUGUCACAGUACAAUAUAAUACAAAGUAUGCCGAUUCACUGAUGAACAGCUAGCGAUUGUUUUGUAAUUCUCACAUCUAAAUCAACUUACUUAAAAGAAAAUGGAUUUCUUUGCAAAUAGUUAUUUGUUCUGUACCUUCUACUAGGAAAAACCGCUUAAUUUUCAGUAUUGUAAGUAGUAUUAGAAAAAUAUUUCGAAUCAAAUUGUAUUAUUUUUGUAUUAGCACCUUUUUUUUCGUAUUAUUUACUGUAUUACUAUAAUAAAACCCCC